GCAUCCGGUUCAGCACGAGGAGGGUUGACUCGCAUUGGUAGAAGUGCAGUAUUGUCGGAACUGUGGUUCUGAAUCUUGAUCGCGCGAAGUAGAGACGUCAUGCUAACAGGUAGUUAAAGGUAGAAUUCCAGUGGUCGUCGAUGGGAAGGGGAGGGAGACAAAGAUGUCAGAAGAGGAUGCCUUCCGCAGUCAUCCAAAAUUCGCUUGACGUACCUACGGGAUGAUCCAUCCAGACACAAUUGCACGCAGAACGAGGCCUAUAUCCCCGCACUUGCUGGUCAGUACCCAAUGCUGGCUGCCCAAAGGCUGAGCAACUGCGCCGUCGCCCGCGAUGCGUGAAGGCUUGAGCCAAGAUCUGCGGUUGGACUGCGUUGCCUAGAUGCACAAGCAUUUCCCGAGUCAGGCAUCGGCAGCUAUUAUACCCUCACCGAAACCCGAAGCCAGUCAUGGAGUGUGUUACAAUACUUCAAUCACCUACCUACAGACUUGUGAUCGAGGCUUGAUUUCCUUCACCAAGAUCGAUUUUCUUGGAUCUACGAACCGCCAUGUCUGCACUACCACUGAAUUCUGUCGAAGAUUCACUCUUCCCAAGGCUGGGAAAAGUCCUUUGGGGCUGGGAAUUUUGCAAUGAUGUUGAGUCUGAGAAAGAGUGCAAUUCAAGGAGCUGUCCUCAUCGACGAAUCGGCUAACUUCAACGCUUUUUCAGUUUUACAAAGCACUGAUCUUGAACUAUGUCGACAGCUGAUCUCCCGAAAACAGGCUAUUCAAGACACACCAGGAUCUUCACCAUGCGAUUCUCUAAUUAAAGGCAAACCCGGAUCUCACCCGAGCAGAGCUUUGUGACUUCAUCGCCAAUCAAGGGGCCCACAGAGAACGAAGGCGAAGUAAUCUGCUCAAUGCCAGCAGUCUUGUGGUCAAUGUCCUCGCCAUGAUAGAUUGCUCAGCGCUCUAUCAGUCACCGGACCGUCUAGAGACGGGGACAUAUAGGCUCCAUUGGAAGGCUGACGUUCCAUUUAGCAAAUAUAUACAGGACCUAUUUCCCACCACGAGCCAUCCAAUUCUCAGCUUCAACGAGAGCCUUUCUUCCAUCGAGAUGAAGUCAGAACUUCAUGCCGUCAAACUCCAAAAAUGACUACGAAUGCGGUUUCGGGAUACCCACGAUAUUCAGGACAACUUGAAAUUAGAUCGAAACCAGAAUACACUCGAAAUUUAUCACCAUACCGCGUUCCUCAAAGAACAGCUUCGGCUGACAAAAAGUGAUGGAGACUUUUCCCUUCCAUCUAACUCUAUCAGAGUUGGAGCUUUCCCGCGUCAUCUGGUUCUCGAGAUUCUAGACUCCCUCCAAACCAUCAUCUUUCCGUUGAGCGAGCCAAAGUCAAAAAGGCUUCUCCGGUCUUUUAUAGAACAAUACUCUCUUGAUCCUGAUAUCCAGCACCUGGAGGUCAGCGCCAUACGCAAAACAGGCUGGCCGAGCGGCACAAUGAGCUGCAGACUCCCAGGCCACGGGGCUGGCUGGGCAGGCGACUGGAACGGAAGAGCGGGGCGAGGUACAUGCUGAUGGCUACCCUCUGCGGUGUUACUUUUGCUGUGCUGCUUGGUAUGGCGUCGUUGGCGGUCACCUGUUACCAGACAUGGAUUGCGUACCAGGCUUGGCAGCAUCCUUUUUCUCCCUCGGGUCCUUGAUGAGGGUACAGGUCAUGGGGACAGGGUAUCUAUCUACCUAGGUACUAACUUGCUGUGUAGUCCAGGUCUUCCCGGCUGUUGAAGGGAGCUUCUUCGUGAUGGAAAAACAGACAUGAUGAGGCACAUAAAAGACGUCCUGGGUGAAAUGAAUCCGAGGUCAGACUGGUAGUGUGGAAAAAAGAAAGUGGCUGGGGGCACUUGAGAUUGGGAGGGAACACGGCAGAUCCACCUAGGUGGUGACUUGGUGGCCAAGCCUUGCGUGCAAAUUUUGUAUACCUGCCUCUCGAAAAUAGAAUAGAAGGAGUUAGAACUGGUGAUCAUAAAUUUGAGCAGUUAGGCUGCUGCGAAAGCAGUGACGAUCAAUAAGUGACUGCGCAGCAGCCUAAAAGGACUUGCCUGCCGGGCGAGGAAGCUGAAGUCCGAGGAGCCGUGCCUCUUUGUACCAACUUUUG